GCCAGACUUCAGAGGUUCAACAGGAAAAAAGAAAAAAAAAAAAAAAAAAAAAGAAACUUGAUAGUUUAUUAGUCGGCUUAUGUUUAAAGUUAAACUCUUAACACACUGUGUGUCGAAUCCGAAAGAAACGAAAGCCCGAAUGGAGGAGAGCAGUGCUCGGAGAAGAUUGGAUUGUAUUACUCGUCACCUUUCACUUCCCCAUAAACCCAACAAUGUUUUUCAGCCGGCGUUAUUAAGUGGUGGACAAUUGAAAAAUUCGGAAAUGGAACCUGUGAUCAUAAUAGGGGGUAUGGUGUUGGACAUCCAUGCCACUCCUUCAAUCUCCGCAGUUCCCAGAACCACUACUCCUGGGAAGGUAAAUUAUGUACUAGGUGGUGUGGCAAGAAAUGUUGCCGAGUGCAUGUCAAAGCUUGGAACAAAACCUUUCAUGAUUAGUGUUGUGGGUUUUGACAUGGCAGGAAAUUUAUUGUUGGAACACUGGAAAUCCGCUGAACUAUCUACAAAAGGAAUUCUGAAGCGGCAAGAUAUCAACACUGCUGUUGUAAGCAAUAUAUUUGAUAACAAGGGAGAGGUGAGCGCUGGAGUUGCGAGUGUGGAAGCUAUUGAAAAAUUUCUUACACCUGAGUGGAUCCAGCGAUUCAAGAGCAAUAUACUUUCAGCUUCUGUGUUGAUGGUCGAUGCAAAUCUGAACCUUCAAGCUCUGGAAGCUUCUUGUCAAAUAGCAGCAUUGUCUAAGAUUCCUGUAUGGUUUGAACCUGUAUCAGUUGCAAAAUCUAGAAGAAUUGUGUCAGUUGCCAAGUAUGUAUCAUUUGCUUCUCCUAAUGAAUAUGAACUUGUUGCUAUGGCGAAUGCUUUAUCUGGUGGAAACAUGUUUUCCUAUUCUCCAAGUCAAAGGGACAAUAGCAGGGAUAAGUUGUAUAUAGAAUCUUUGUUCCAGAUGCUAAAACCUGCAAUCUGGGUUCUGCUUGAAAAUGGUAUCAAAAUUGUUAUUGUGACCCUUGGUCCGGACGGAGUAUUCUUAUGCUCUAAAGGAGGUCCAAGGUCAAUGGGAAUCAUUCAUGAAGAAAUCAAAAGAAGUUAUGCCAAUGGACACUUAUACAAAACUGUGACUGCAGCCUGUCCAUUGAAUCGGACCCUCAAUUCUCCCAAGACUGAGAGCAGCUCUCUUCUAUUUGCCGUUCAUUUUCCAGCGGUUCCUGCAACGGUCAUGAGGCUUACCGGAGCUGGUGAUUGCUUAGUUGGUGGCACACUUUCUUCUAUUUGUGUCGGUUUGGACAUUAUGCAAAGUGUGGCAGUUGGCAUCGCAGCUUCAAAAGCUGCUGUUGAGGCAGAGACUAAUGUUCCCCGCGUUUUCAAUUUGGCUGCAAUCGCAGAUGAUGCAAGGUUGGUUUUCUCUGCAGCUAAAGUUGUGUGCCAUGAAUCCAUGCUCUGAAUUUUGCAAGUUUUCAGCUGUGCAAGCUGCCAUAGUUCAGAUUUCUUUCGCCCAAGAACCGAGAAAUCAUGUGCUCAAGAACGAUGAGGAAAGUACAAAGAACGAGAAAAGUGGCCCUUUUUUCUUCUUUUCAUUACUCAGUAUACUUCUUUGUGAUUCUAAGGAAGAGAAAUGCUAUCGUCUCUGGGUAAUAAUCAUCGUUAUUUUACCUUGAGAAAAAUUGUGCCAUUAUUGUACAGUUAAAAAGAACUUUUAAUU